GAUUCUUUAUUGAGAGCUCUCUGCCUUUUUGUUUUCGUUUGGUAUAUGCUUCAAUUAAGGUUUAUCUCCAUGUACAAAGGCCCCUCCUUUUCUUGGUAUCUGUGCAUAUCUCCAUUCUUUCAAAAUUGGUUCUUGUAUUUGGGAAUUUUCUAGCAAUAAUUUGAAUUGAUUGGUUUCACUUUCAAGCAUUUUUCAAGAAUAAGAGAUUUGGGCUUACUUGAAAAAGAGGUCUCUAAUGGAGGACCAAAAAUUACUCAAGGCUUUCGGUGAUGAUUCAAUUCAAGAAAUGAAGGAUUCAAUCUCUAAGGAUCUCGUGGAAUUUCGUUCGAUGUUGCUGGAGGUUUUGAGAAAAAAGACUAGUACCUCUUUUGAAUCCCGAAACACGGCUAUGGACGCCAAAUUAUGGCAGUUUCAAGGUGAGAAUCCGGAGGGUUGGAUAUUCCAAGCAGAGCAUUAUUUUGAUUUCUAUAAAAUUGAGGAUGAUCAGAAGCUUACUGUGGCGUCGUUCUAUCUCGAUGGUGAAGCAUCGAAAUGGUAUCGGUGGUUAUUUAGGAAUAAGCAAUUACUUGAUUGGCCGCAUUUCGCUGAUAAGGUGAGAAUUCGAUUUAAGCAAAAAGGAUUUGAGUCGAUGGAAGGGAGAUUUGAGUACCCAAGUCGUUUUGAAGCUAUCUCGUCGGCCUUCAGUGAGUCAGAUGUAUAUUCGACUCAAUACUGGAAUGCACGGCAUGACUACAACGACCAGACCUUUGCCCACAAGGUGUUUGGGGAAAAUCCGAAUAGGAAAACUGAAAAUGUUGUGGAUAUUGAAAUAAUUCUAUAAACACCAGAUGCUAUGAAACCAAAGCAUGCGGACAAGGAUACAUCAGUACAGGUUAAAAUUGAGGGUGCCGAAAUUUUGCUUACUCAAGCAAAACAGAAGAUUUGCAAUUCGGGUUUGGAUGACAAAGAGAAGGAUCUCCCGCCUCUUGUUAUUGCAGUUGCGGAUACAAAUGUCCAAAGAUAUAAAGCAGCACUGCGAUGCCAAUCUGUAUUUGAGG